GUAACAUUCUUAGGCAACAGCUGUGUCAACAGUAACUCUGACAAGUGUGUUCUUUUUUGUUCUAAUUUGUAUUAAAUUGCGUAGUGUUGUGUACAUUAGACUAAUAUUGUAACACGAUGAUGCGACGUUGCUGGCAAAGUACUUUGCCAUUGGCUCAGCGAAGCUGGCAGCGUUCUCUGCCCCAGGCACAAUUCCGCACCAUGGUCACAGAAGCGCCCACGGAGGAACUGGAUGACUUUGAGCGAGAAUACCUCAAGCAGCGCAUACAGAUCUCACCAUUCCAGAGAAUGCUGCUCGGGGCGGGUUCGUCCAUUGCCGCUCUACUCGAUCCACGACGCCAUGACAUGAUCGCCUGCUUGGGCGAGACGACGGGCGAGAAUGCACUAUGGAAUAUUCUGGACAGCAUGCAGAGCAGCGAGGAAGGACGACGCAUCCUCGCUGAGAAGCCACGCAUCAACACACAGACCAUUGACUUCAAACGUUUGGAGGCGUUGCCGCCUGACACCUUUGGUGCCACCUAUGCUAAGUUCCUCAAAGACAACCAAGUGACGCCCGAUACACGCAUGGAGGUGCGCUUUCUCGAUGAUCCUAAGCUGGCCUAUUUAAUGACCCGCUAUCGGGAGUGCCAUGAUCUCGUUCACACUGUGCUUAACAUGCCAACGAAUAUGCUAGGCGAGGUGGCGGUCAAGUGGGUGGAAGCCUUAAACACUGGCCUGCCGAUGUGUUAUGGAGGCGCCGUCUUUGGCGCAGUGCGUCUGCGACCCAAGCAACGUCGAGAGUACUUGAAGCGCUAUUUGCCGUGGGCCAUCGAGAAUGGUAAGCAGAUGAAGCCAUUGAUGCCCGUGUAUUGGGAGCAGCGUUGGGAGCAAAGCGUGCACGAAUUGCGUGCCGAAUUGGGCAUUAAAGUCUUGCAAUGAAAAAACCUUAUAUUGAUUUUAAAAAUUAUAAGUUGGUUGCGAUUAGUAAUUUUAUUUUAACAAUUGGAGAAUAGGAAAACACUUAAAUAAAACUGAAAUGCUGCGCAUAUAGAAUAAUUGUUGAA